CGGCGAAAAAUUUCAGCCCAUUUGAGAGGCAGGAUCUCUGACACCAUUAAGCUCAUCGCUCCUAAUGGUAUCAUGUAUGAUGUUGUGGUGAACUGGCAGAUGGGCCAGGCAGUUCUUGGGUAUGGCUGGGAUGCAUUUGUUGCUGCGCACCAGAUAGAAGAAAAUGACACAUUCUUGUUCAUGUACAUUGGGGACUCCAACUUUGAGAUUCGUAUACUAGAUUCAGACGGCUGUGAGAAGACGGCUUCCUAUUUUCGACAACCCUCAGAUUUUCUUGGAGCCUUUCCUCCCAAUGUGCCUUGUGGUCUUCAUUUGCCGAAUGAACAAGCUGCGCCUAAUCCAGGACACGUUCAUAUGCCAAUUGAGUUUGACUAUAUCAUGCCAACUGGAUGCCAUCUAAUCCUGGAACAAGAUGAUAAAGUUCUUGAAAUUGCCCGCACAAUAAAGUCUGAGAUCCCCUUGUAUGUGGCAAACAUACGAUUACAGCUUGUGGACCAUUUCAAAGAGGAGACAGCUAGUAGUACUAUCAAACUAGUAGCCCCUAAUUGCCACAUAUACACUGUUGGAGCUAGCAAGCACAGUGAGGAUCAGGUUGUCCUCCGAUCUGGCUGGGGUGCUUUUGUAGUUGCUAAUCACGUACAAAAGAAUGACAUCCUCAUUUUCAGUAGCAAGGAGAAACUCGCCUGA